UGCCGCAGCCGCAGUUUCCGCGGGAUGGGGCGUCGUGGUCCAUUUCUCGCGCCACCGUCUCCCCUCCAGAAACGUCACGGAGUCAGCCGCUGCAGGAGUGUGUGUUGGUCGCCGUCCGGGUCAACACCUCCCUCCUUCAGUGUUCCCCCGCCGCGGUGUGAGAGAUCGCUCGCCACUCGCCUGCUCGCCUGCUCGCCUGUCUCAGUUGUGCUCAGGCAGUGAAAGUGGGAGGAUGUGUGCCGCGGCCCUCUGUACCUGACGAGGAGCCUUCACCGCCGAGCCUGCCUACCUGCCUGCCUGCCUGCCUUGUGUUGUGUAGGGGUCCGCGGCGCUUCAGUUCGGCAGACAGGAUGGUCGUAAUGGUGUGCUGCCGCGCCUCGUGACCCAGUACUGGCCAGCGCCACCCACACCAGGCACUGGGACUGACUGGGACCUCCCAUACUCAACUGUGACACCCUCCCUCUCUCUCUCUCCCCCUCCCUCCUUCUAACUGUCUCUCCUACCACCUUCUCUCCCAUAAUAUCUCUUUAAGUGUGUAUAUUUGUCAUCACACACUCCCUCUCCUUCUCCCUCUCCCUGUGUCUCAGCCUCUCCUUCCCUCCCAGUCUCCCAGUCUCCUCCGUUGUGUCUCUCCCAUAGUCCCUCUUUUUGUGGGUCUCUUAUAUCUGACCUGCUUACUCGCGAGUGUUCCACAUGAAGAGACCCAGAACACGUUGUUAGCACCACCCUCCAUCCUCUGUGUGUGCGUGUGUGCGUGUGUCAGUGCGUGGCCCUCGUCUGGCCCUACAGUGACCCAUGGUGCCGCCAGCCCCAGCCCAUGCCGCCCCUCGUGCCGCCCUACACUCGGUGCUGAUGGCGUGGUGGCUGCUGGCGGUGAUGGUGCUGCUGCUGAUGCUGGUGCCCCUGCCUCUAGUCUCCGCCUACAGCCUACACCCUCGCGCCCUUGGAAUCUACGGUUCUGAGUCAGGGGAGCGACGCCUGAAGAUCGAGCCCCGGGGAUGCGACGUAGUGGGCAUCGUGGAGGGGAAGGAAGUGCGGCGCGGCUUAUGCAUGUUCAACUUUGAGUGCUUCCAGCGAGGGGGACGAGUUGUGGGGGCAUGCAUUGACGGCUUCCUCUUCGGCGCCUGUUGUUUGAAAGACGAUGAGGAGCUGGCAGGAGGAGGCGGUGAAGGAGGCUUAGUGACGGUGACGAAGGGCCCAGUGGAUGUGAAAAAAGAGGUAGAAGAAGGAAGCUUGACAGUGAAGGAUGAGAUAGUGAACGAAGGGCCUAUGAGGACUAACUUGAAGGAGGAGGAAAUGACAGGUGUUGAAGGAAGCUUAGCAGUGACAGAGGGAGCAGGAGACGUGAGAGAGGAGGUAGUGGAUGGUGAACCUGAGAGGACUAAGCUGGAGAAGGAGGAGGAGAAAGGAGAGGUUCCCCAAGGUGUCUCUGGCGGAAAAGUACCAGAGGACACAGUGAAAGACUCUGGAGAUGAUGAGAAAGACCCCUUGAGUGUGGCAGAGGUCCCCAGCGAGGCAGUGAACGAGGGAGAUGCCAGUGUUGUGUUGCCAGGAAUAGUAGAAGUGACAGAUGUGGCUAUAACAGGUCCCCUCCACACCACGAGCCACACACCCGCCACUGAGGCCACUACGCAAUCAUCUACUACUCGUACCUCCACUAAGGGCGUGACUGCGAAUCAGGACACCACUCCAACGGCGACAGAAGCUCAGGAAGAUGAAACCACCACUAUAAUCCCUGAUUCUGAAAGCAUAACUGAGGCUGUUCCCGUCAUGACACUCCCUGAUGACCACGAGGGGAUGUCCACACUAGCUGAAGGGUUCGAUGUCACCUUACUGGAUGACCACACUACAGAAGCCCAACGGAGCUCCUCGCGUCUACCACCUACCACACCUCUGUCUCACCCACCACGCCUGUCCUCCCACACUUACUUACACCCAGUCACUCCUAAACCUAUUGACAUCCUGGCAGAGACAAACUUUAAUUUCUCAGUUCUCACGACCACUCAAGCUCCGACCACCGCCCCGACCACCACCCAGCCACGCUCCACCUUCGCGCCACGACCUGCUAUGUUUCGCCCUAAGCCCCACAGGACGACCACCACCAGGACACCACAGGACGCUACUCAAACGACUAUUACGACGCCAAUGGUGAUAGACAGAACAACACCAGGUGAUUUUUCUACGACGUCACUCCCCACUACUACUGAGAACGCGCAGGACGACCACUGGACGACCCCGGAAACUACUGGGGACGCUCCUAUGCAAACGUGGACACUCUCCCCACAACAACCUAUCAUGGAAAUCAGGCCACAGACGCUUCCUACAACGACCGCCUCUGAAACGACUACUACUCAAGACGACGACUCCCUUCUCUUCUGGACUCUCUCCCCGCAGCCUCCCAUCGCCAACGCACGACCACACACCACCACAGCCCCCGAUAAGGACGACCCACUUGCCUUCUGGACGACCAAACCACCGAUGCAGCCACAACGACCCAACACACGCAUCCCUGAGGACCUGGACCCAAUGCUGACAUGGACGACCACCCCCACACCACGACCACAGGGGCUGGACGACCACGACCUCUACUUGGAGCCUGUGGUCGUGCCUGGGGACGUCCUGCAGCAUAUAACCGGGGACCUACUGGAACGACAACCGAACACUACGACCACAAGAACGACCAGGGGAACGACUUCACGACCCUGGGCCUCUUCUACGUACACUAUCAACACCAUUUCUUACCCACAGCACAGUGACAACACCAUAGUGCGGCCCAACACCACUAGCACCAUUAACACCACUACCAUGACCCCUCAGACAACCACUAGACGCAGUAAGCCACCUAAGAGAAGGAAAACCACAACUACCACCACCACCACGACCCCAGCGCAUCCCUUCCCGUCCCUGGCCACCACCACACGCCCGCCACCCACCACAGACGCCCCCAUCUCGCCCAUUGAUCAAUUUAUUGUGGACUUCAUCAAUUCAUCGCCCCCUGAAGAAGAAUUUACCACUACUACUGUGACUCCUGAACCUCCGCCGCCAAUAGAUCUUGAGCUACUGACGCAGCUCUUCAAUCUCAGCAACAUCAUACCCGGAGAGGAAGGGUUUCUGCCUCCCCUCCCUUCACUCACCCCUCCCACCACCACUACUACCACUACCACCACCACCACCACUACUCCCAGACCACGCCCUACCACCACCACCACUACUACCACCACUACCAGGAGACGACCAAGACCCACCAAGCGACCUCCCACCACUCUCCCAAGUGUACGAUUACCACUUCUGACUACCACCAAACCUACUACGACUACUACGACCACUACCACGACUACUACGACUACUACCACGACUACUACGACUACUACACCAACGACGACGACUCCUGAGUGGAAUUACAGGACGACGUGUGGGGUGCGGCCGCUGGCAAGGGAGGGGCGCAUUGUCAACGGGGAGCUGAGUGACUAUGCAGAGUGGCCGUGGCAAGCCCUCGUCAAGGAGUCCACUUGGCUGGGCAUCUUCACCAAGAACAAGUGCGGUGGUGUGCUGCUCAACAGGCGCUAUGUCCUUACUGCCGCCCACUGCCAGCCAGGCUUCCUGGCAUCGCUCAUUGUAGUGCUUGGGGAAUAUGACCUUUCUGACGACUAUGAGCCAAAGAGGGUACAGCGGAACGUGAAGCGAGUGGUGGUGCAUCGUGGGUACGUGGCCAAGACCUUCGACAACGACCUGGCAUUGCUGGAGAUGGAGCGGCCGGUCACUUACGAUGAACACAUAGUCCCCAUCUGCAUGCCCAAGGGGAACGAGGAGAUAGUGGGCCAGAUGGGAUAUGUCACAGGCUGGGGUAGACUGUCUUAUGGAGGCCCAGUGCCCGCCAAGCUGAACGAGGUGGCCCUGCCUAUCAUAGAGAACCAUGAGUGCCAGAAGUGGUUCAACGAGGCUGGACACCCCAAGAAAAUCAAACCUGAGUUCUUCUGUGCUGGAUACAAGGAAGGGAGGAAGGAUUCAUGUGAGGGCGACAGUGGAGGGCCCCUGUCAAUACGGGGAGAAGACGGACGCUGGAUUCUUGCAGGCACAGUCUCCCACGGGAUCAAGUGUGCUUACCCUAACCUUCCCGGCGUGUACAUGCGCAUGACUUACUACAAACCGUGGAUACGCAGCAUAAUUAAUUGACCACCGUCGUCUCGUAGGAUCUGAAAUGUACCAUAGUGAGUUUCAUGUUGCGUCACGUUGUUGUUGUUGUAUCUUGUAUAGUUGUACGUAUGUAAUAAUUUGUAGUGAUAGCGGUGGUGUAUGUAGAGAGAUUGAGGGAGGGUGUUGAUGUUGUUGGUGGUGUUGUUGGUGGUUGUAUUAUAGUGAAUUUGUGUAGUGUACAGUGAGCCCUGGUUUGCUCAGGUGUGUGUGUGUGUGUGUGUGUGUGUGUUUAGAUGAGGAAAACAAUAAAUUAAUAAAGGGAUAGAAUGAGUGAAGUAUUAUUAAGAAUAGAAAAGAAACUAAAGGAACAAAUAAUGAAUGAAAAUUAAGAGAAUAAAGAAAAGAUGAAAAUGUGAAAGGAAAAAAAAACAGAACACAGAGAAACAUAUUUUUCUGUUGAUAAUGCAGAAAACUUGUUAACAUGUCACCAUCCUUAAAACCCGUGUCACUUCAACUAGAGGCCUCUGAAAAUUGUGAAGUUUCUUUGUCUAACGCGACCAUUUCAAAGACCAGAGACGAUUAGUCAAGUUGUAAAGAUUGUUUUUCCAGUUGAUAAUGCAGAAAACUUGUUAACAUGUCGCUAGAAUCACAGAAACACCUUUCAAAACCCGUGUCACUUCAUCUAGAACCCUUUGGAAACAGUGAAGGUGGUGCCACGCGGAAGUGUUUCAGUGAUAAGCAAUGUAUCCUAACAAAUUGUGGUCAAUAAACUACUACUACUACUAUGUGUGACGUCGGUGUGUGAAGGAAAUGUAACUCACUCUCACCCCACAAACUAUCGUGUCCCGAGUGAGUGAGUGAGUGAGUGAGUAAGUGAGUGACUUCCCUCAUGGUUUCACUAGUUCGUUCGUGUUAGUGGUUAUUAUUAUAUUUAUCUAUUUAUUCAUGUUUCUAGGUGUGUGUGUGUGUGUGUGUGUGUGUGUGUGUGUGUCAAUGAUAGCAGAACCUUUCCUUUAUAUUUUUUCCCCUUUAUGCUUGUUUUGCCUCAGUGAAAUAAGAGAAGAAGGAAAAUAAACAACAAAAACAAAUGAGGCUAUGAAUAAAAUGUGACAAAUCUCCCCAUGUGUAUGUACUGUGUAUGUACUGUGUGUGUGUGUGUGUGUGUGUGUGUGUGUGUGUGAAUGGACGGGGGUGGAUGGGAAGGGUGUUUAAGGGAUGGGCAGUAGAGAAGUGAAAAAAAAAAAAAUGAGGAAACAAAUGCAUAAGAAAAGAUAAUUUAUUGGAGAGAGAGAGAGAGAGAGAGAGAGAGAGAGAGAGAGAGAGAUAUGUAUGAUGAGA